AUGUUAAGGUCUUUGGCUAGGGCUUUCAGCAGCAAUCACACGGUGAUGUUUUCCGGAACAUUUUUACUAAUAUAUUUUGCCUUUUCUGGCAGUCUUGCUGCAGAUAUCAGAUCAAAAGCGAAUCUACCUCAUCCCUUCUUGUAUUUUAACGAGAAUGAGAUUACAGAUCUUCAACAUCGUGCAAGAACAACACACGCUGAAAUAGCGAGCAGGAUUCGAGCGGUUACUCACGAAAUGGCACAGAAUCCAGAGAAAUAUCUACCGCCAAGAGAGUGGUCCACGUUUUCCAGCUCUUGGAACGAACGUUACGGAAACGAUUUGACCGUGCUGGCGUUUUAUUGCGUUUUAAAACCCGAGGAUUCAAAGCUAAGAGAACUAGCGAUUCUCUUUAUGGAUCGCCUCGAGAAUCUGCCAAAUUGGCGAGUGAACGCUUCGUUGCAUGACGAUGUGCCGGUGGCACACUCGCUGACCGGCAUGGCGACUGCCUACGACUUUUUAUACAGCGCUUUAAACGAUACGCAAAGAACUCGCUUUUUGAAGAAGAUCGCAUCUGUUACAAAAGAACUGUAUGAAAGAUCCUACGAUCGCAAGUUGUGGUGGGGAAAUUGUUACCUUCAAAAUCACGUUGCUACGAACUAUAUGGCUAUUUUAACGGGCGCUCUAGUUGUCUCCAGGCAUCAGAAAGUGGACGGUGAAACAUGGAUGUCACGCGCUCAUCUAAUGCUGAGUAGGAAUUUAGAGUUAUUAAACAAUGUAGUGGAUGGCUCGAUAGAUGAAGGUGUAGCUUAUGGAACUUACACGUCACGUUCUUUGACACAGUAUGUGUUCUUUGCGUUACGCCACUUCCGGCGCGAUUUCACGCAUAACCCUUGGUUCAGAGAGCACCUUUGGUUUAUACACUAUACUGUCCUUCCUGGGUUUAAACAGACCGUGGGUAUUGGUGAUUCAAAUCGCAACUGGUUCUACGGCCCAGAGAGUCAGUUAGUAUUUCUCGAUAGUUAUGUGCUUAGGAAUGGAUUGGGAAACUGGUUAGCUCGACAAAUCACAGUACAUCGAGACACGAAACCACCCUUUGCUCAAGCAAAGUCACAUGUUAACCGCAUGCUGCACACAGAAUUUCUGUUUUACAAUGCCAGCAUUGUGCCGAGAGCUCAACCAAAUCCGUCGUUGCCACGCCUUCACGUGUUCGCUGACUGGGGAGUUGUUACUUACGGCGGUGGAGUAGCCACGUCCCGUAGAAACCGCUCGGACAACCCACUGAUAUGGCAAGGAACAUUUCUUUCCUUUAAAUGCAGCGUUCUUCAUGGAAGAGCUGUUAAUUCUAUCGUCAGAGGAAGACGCUCGCAUUCCUGGAUUAGAAGGUUGACGAAUUUUAACCCAGGCCAUGAGCAUCCUGACCAAGGAUCCUUCGUGUUCGCCCCAAAUGGAGUACCCUUUAUUACUGAUACACUAUACGCUCCUAAAUACACGUGGCUCAAUAAUGCCUUAGUAUUUGGACCCUCUUUAAACUCAGCAUGUUUUAGCCUUCGAGGGACAAAUAGGAGAGUGCCAUGGUUGGUUUAA